UUCUUUUUUAAUUCCCAAAUUCUCAAUUCUGAAGCAAAGCAUCUAACCCCCUUCAACAAUGGAGAACCCUCCGUCGGAAGCAAUCAUCGACGGCCACCACCCUCAUAUUUCACUCAUCAACACCUUCUGCGAAAUAACCGCCUGCGCCUCUCAAUCCGAAGCCCUCUUCUUCUUGGAGUCCCACAAUUUCGAUCUCGACGCCGCCGUCUCCACUUUCCUCGACGACGCCAAUCCCGUUGAUUCCGCCGCCGCCGCCGCGGUCAAUCCAACUUCUCCGGCGUUCAAUUCCCCUACUGAGAUGUCUCCUUCUCCUUCCCCUUCCCGUUCCCGAUCCCCUUCGCCGCCGCCUGCUUCCCGCUCCUACAGUCUCCGCUCCUCAUCUAAACCUAGCACUGCUGCACCGAGACGCGGAAUUAGGACUUUUUCGGAUCUGAACAGAAACCCUAAAGACGAUGAUGAGGAUUCUGAUAGCGAUCCUGACUUUAAUCCCCAGGAUUACUACACCGGCGGCGAAAAGAGUGGAAUGGUUGUUAGAGACCCAUCAAGGGCGAAUAAUGUAGAUGCAAUAUUCAAUCAAGCAAGACGAGCAGGUGCUGUAGAAGCGUCUGCAGAUCAUCAAUUGCCUUCUUCUUCGAGCUCAAGAGGCUUUACUGGAACUCCAAGACUACUUUCUGGGGAUGAUGUGUCGUCUACUACUACUACUACCCCUCCGCCCCCUCCUCAGAAUAUUAAUCACGUUAUCACUUUUUGGAGAAAUGGAUUUACAGUUAACGAUGGACCUUUUAGGAGAUUGGAUGAUCCCCUAAAUGCACCUUUCUUGGAGAGUAUUAAGAAGUCUGAGUGCCCAACGGAACUUGUUCCUGCAGAUAAGAACAACCAAGUUCGUGUUAGUCUUGUGAGGAAGGACGAUGACUACAAGGAGCCGAAAAAACGGGAUGUUCCGUUUCGUGGUGUUGGAAGAACACUUGGCAGCAGCAGUGAUGAUGUCAUCAUAACAACGACGCCUGUGGAGCCGGAAACUGUGUUGAUGACCAGUGCACCGGCACCAUCUAUGGGAAUGGUGGUUGACGAGACUCAAUCUACAACGUCGAUUCAGCUGAGAUUGGCAGAUGGUACUCGCAUGGUUUCAAGAUUCAAUAACAACCACACGAUCAGAGAUGUCAGAGCCUUUAUCGAUGCGUCUAGGCCUCAGAGAACUUCGUAUCAGCUGCAAAGUAUGGGAUUCCCUCCCAAGAAACUGGAUGAUCUUGACCAGACCAUUGACCAAGCUGGAAUAGCUAACUCAGUUGUCAUCCAGAGACUGUAACUACCUCAGUAUUUUACAGCAUUGCUGAUUUGCUGUCAGAUUAUGUGGUAAGACUGAUAUGGAUCAAGUUUUUGUUUGGGAAAACUAUUAAAUCUUCCCGCAUAUUAUUUUAGGCAAUUUUAUCUCCGGUUGAAUUCGAUUCUACUUGUUUUGGAACGCGAAACAAUUUGUUGUCUGAACCUUUUGUGGUGUACAGGUUGAGGUUCAAUCUGCAUGCAUCAGCAAAUAUAUCCAUCUGCUUUUGAUGUUA